GGAAGAGGCUCCAACAAGAGAAAUGUACUUGGCUUUAGAAGCAGAACAGCAAAGCGAAAGGUGCCGCUGGCCCGGCCCGCCCACAGCGCUGCUCCAACGGCGCCCGGCCCGACCUCCCCGCGCCGCGCCCGGCCCGGCCCGACUCUCCCCGCGGCAUCUCCAUGCGCGGCGGCUCCUGCCGAGCUCCGGGUGCUCUGCCUCGCCAUGGCCGCUUCCUCCUCCUCCUCCUCCUCCUCGGCGGCCGCGCUGCGCCCGGUCACUCACCUGAUCUUUGACAUGGACGGGCUGCUGCUGGAUAGCGAGCGUCUCUAUACAGUCGUUUUUGAAGAGAUCUGUGGACGUUUUGGAAAGGUCUAUAACUGGGAUGUGAAAUCACAGGUUAUGGGUAAACAAGCUCUAGAAGGAGCAGAGAUUAUUCGAGAACUUCUAGAUCUUCCAAUAACCAAAGAAGAAAUAUUAAAUGAAAGUAAAAUUGGGCAGGAGAAGAUAUUCCAUACUGCUGAGUUGAUGCCAGGGGUCAAUAAACUGAUCCGUCAUUUGCACAAACACAACGUACCCAUAGCUGUUGCUAGCAGCUCGACUAAAUCAUCAUUUCAGUUGAAAACAACAAAACACAAAGAUUUAUUUGGUCUUUUUCAUCAUAUUGUGCUGGGAGACGACCCUGAGUUGAAGCAUGGCAAGCCACAUCCUGAUCCAUUUUUACUUUGCGCAAAGAGAUUUGACCCUCCUGCAUCUCCAGAGAAGUGCCUUGUGUUUGAAGAUUCACCACUUGGAGUCAAAGGAGCUCUGGCAGCAGGAAUGCAAGUGGUUAUGAUUCCAGAUGAAAAUCUAAAUCCAGAUCUUAAAAAGGCAACAGUGGUGCUGAAGUCCAUGGAAGAUUUCCAACCAGAACUGUUUGGUUUACCAGGAUAUGAUUAAUGCCUAAUGCCUAUGAAUGUACAUGACUGGAGGUUAAUUAAAAGUUAAAUUAAAUUUUAUUUUUGUUUUAUGAUUGUUUUCCAUCUUUUACUCUGUUACUCAAAACUAGAGCACAAAAAUUCUGUUAAUGCACUGGUUUUUUACACAGUAUCUUUCAUUAAUUGUGUGGAAUGUUUAUGAUUUGUCCUGUUGAUAAAUGCUAAAUUAAAGCAUCAUCUUUCUGUUAAGUGUAUCCAGCCUCGUUCUAUUCACAUCAUGUUUUCUGGGAAUAUUUUGAAGCUAUUCAAACAAUUUAUUGUAACUGCAUUGAAAGUUUCUUGUUCUGUUUCCACUUGAAUGACUUACUGUUUAGAUCUUAACCAGAAAUCUGUUCUGGAUUGGCUUUUAUCCCUUUUUUUUUUGGACACAGUUAUUGCUAUCAGUAUGUUUAUCCUUUUUCUCUUCCUAUAUUUGCCCAUSUAUUCCACUUGCACUGUAUUGUCCUUUUUCUUCUUUUACCCACUUCUUUGCAG